UUGUGAAAGGCGCUAUCGUAACUGCGACUCUUUGGACCUGGGCUUGUUGUCAUUUAUGUUAGGCCGGACAGUCUAGGGCAUUGACGCAGCCCAGAUCCUCAGCACAAAAUUGCGAGAGGUUUCAACUUGCUCUAAACUCUCUUUUUCGACGGGAUAUGAAAUGUAGCCAGGCCGAUUGCUUGGCGAGGAGGACCGUAUCGGAUCCUUACCCCUACACGUUUUGGGAGAGCCUGCCAUUUUGAGUAGUCUGUACCGCGGUAACUAAAAAGUUGCAACGGUUCUGUGCGAGCUGAUCGAAAUCGGGCGGGGGUGGGAGAGAGAGGAGAGAGAACACGUGGUUAAAAAGGGCCGAGUCCGCAAAGUGUCCCGCAAUCCGCUGCAGACCCUGAACACAGCACCUUCAGCUCCUGAGAGCAGUAGCAAGCAGGCCAUGGCUCCUCCUCUUAAAGUCUGUAUCGUUGGAUCUGGCAACUGGGGAUCAGUCAUCGGAAAAAUAGUCGGAGAAAAUGUGGCCAAAAGUAAGACAUUUGACAGCACUGUUUACAUGUGGGUGUUCGAAGAGAUCGUAAACGGCAGGAAGUUAACAGAAAUCAUAAACACCGAGCAUGAGAAUGUGAAGUACCUCCCGGGAUGCAAGCUACCAGCCAGUGUGGUUGCAGUGCCCGGGCUGCUGGAUGCAGCAAGAGAUGCUGAUAUCUUGGUGUUUGUCAUGCCGCACCAGUUCAUCAGACAGACCUGUGAUGAGUUGAAAGGCCACAUCAAGCGUUCCAGCAUUGGGGUCUCUCUUAUCAAGGGUAUUGAUGUUGGACUGUAUGGCCUGAAGCUGAUCUCUGACAUAAUCCGGGAGACACUUGGAAUUGAAGUUAGCGUGCUAAUGGGAGCGAAUCUCGCCAAUGAAGUAGCAGCUGAGAAAUUCUGCGAGUCCACCAUUGGAUCUGCAAACAUUGAACAUGGAAAGGUUUUAAAAGAACUGCUGCAGACUCGAAACUUCAGGCUCAGGGUGGUGGAGGAGGCAGACGCUGUGGAGAUCUGUGGGGCGUUAAAGAAUGUUGUUGCCUUGGGGGCCGGAUUUUGUGAUGGACUGGGCUAUGGUGACAACACGAAGGCUGCAGUGAUCCGCCUGGGGCUGAUGGAGAUGAUUGGCUUUGUGAGGCUUCACUGUGAGGGCCUGGUGCAGGACUCGAUCUUCCUCGAGAGCUGUGGCGUGGCUGACCUCAUCGCCACCUGCUACAGAGGCCGCAACAGGAAAAUCGCGGAGGCCUUUGCAAAGACUGGCAAGUCUAUUGAACAGCUGGAAGAAGAGAUGCUGAAUGGGCAGAAACUACAGGGACCACAGACAGCAAUUGAAAUCAAUCGCACUUUACAGCUCCAAAACCUGGUUGAUAAAUUCCCUCUGUUCACUGCCGUGUACCAAAUUUGUUACGAAAGCAAGCCGGUCUCUGAAUUUAUUAAGUGCCUCCAGGAUCAUCCAGAACAUAAGUGAACCAUGAUCAUAAGGAAGCUGUUCUAGACCUGCCUUGGGGUUUCAUUGACUUCUAAAUGAUCCAACAAAGUUUAAUUGGUGCAUAGUAUCAAGAUGGUGCUUGUUGCACAUACCAAGUGUUGGCAGAUCUUACAUGUGGUUGUACAGAGACAGGUUGUCUCUGUGAUUUGACACGUGUGUGUUUGGGAUAGAGAUUCUGCUUUGGAUACAAUCAGGAAAUUGCAGCCAAACUGUGCUUGAAAUUGCCCUGGUUAGGUUAGGCUUAAAGCUUCUACUGAAAUGUAUUAGCAUCAUCAUCUUUCAGGAACCAGUCUUCUUUCUAGUCUUCCUUGAUUUGGUUAAGAGUGGUAACCUAGUGCAGUUUCAUUAAUGCAGUUGACAAUGGGUUAAAUCACCAACUAUUCAACCCUUUUCCAAAGAUGUCCAGGAUGAGUAACUCGAUUUAAAAUCACUGAAAAUGGCCUUGAAUAUAUUCAAGGACCCAACCUCCACUAUCAGAAAGUUGCCAGUUUACUAUCUUCCCUUACUGGGUCAUGGUCAGAGCAGCCAAAUAGUGUAUGUCAGCAAUAAGACAUUUCAAUAAUACAUUCUCUGAGAAAAUGGGAUGUGAACACCAGGACAAAACCUAGCUUGAGCACAGCAGAGUUGGACAAAAUACUGAAUGGGAAAUCAUCAAUGAUUGAAAUUACAGGUAAAGGGACAGCACUCAUUUUCAGAAAUGCACUUGAUUAAACAUCAAGUUCUGAAAAUUAUUUCUAGCUUUUGGUUCACCAUCUCCCCUCCCCCCCACCCCCAACACUUAGUAAUUUCUGCAUGCUUUGGUUUCUCAUGUUCCUAUUUUUUGGUUAACUGUUUCCCCUGUCUCAUGAUCUCUGCAUUGGAUAUUUUAUCAUUUCAAUCCUCUCACUUUUUACUCAUUUUUAUCUAAGAUAUCUCCACCACUUGACAAAUGUUAUUCAGCACCAGCAACAAGUAUCACAUUAAAUAAAAGUAACAAAUAUAUGUGUUUCAUUUUACUUUUUUUAAUAUAUACACAUAUAUACAGAAAAAAAAAUGUUUCUGCUGCAUUACAAGGGUCUAGAAUUUUGAUAAAAUGGGAUGAGGGCCCCAGAAACAAAAUAUUUCACAACCCCAGUGCUGGAAUACUACUUCAAUCCAAUUGUCAUCUUGAUCCUACUGGGGUAUAAAGGUACAAACUCUAGCAGGCAUUCUAUCUGACUUCAAGAUGAAGACCAAAAACCAUUUGUCCUAAUACAUUGUGUAGAAUUAGAAAAAAAUCUUUCAUCUCAUAAAUAUUCCAGGUUUUCAUAUGAUAACCAGAGAUGGUUCUGAAGGAGAUGGGCCGAGAUGCAGAAAUCAUCAAGCCAGAAUUAAAGCACUCCUGGGAGUUUCAAGAACGAUAUUUCUUUUUUGAAGAAUUCUGAGCAAUGACAUCUCUCAGUCAGUGUUAGGCCCCUGCUUAACAGAAAGAAGGCCAACUCCCUGUUUUAGGUGCCUGAUGCCUGAAAAAUGGACCUAAACCAGUGGAUCGAAGGUCUGCGAAACGUGAAUGUAGGCUGUUCCACAGAUUGGCCACUAGACUCAGUAUUUCCAGUGUUUAAAUACACCCAUUUAAAACUGGAAAAGCAAACACAUCACACACUGAUUUUUAUCCUUGUUUCUCUACCUGACCAGUUGCUUUGUCUGGCCUGAGCUGGAGGCCAAAAUAUGGAAAAAAUAUGUGGCACAAAGGUGACCUGUACAAUUUUACCCUAAUAUCAACACAUUUAUAACCAGCAAUCAUUUUCCUCUGUAAAUCAUUUCCCAGUCCAUGGUGCAGGAUCUCCAUAAGACAUAUAAAGAAAAGUAGGCCAUUCAGCCCAUCAAAUGUGCUCCACCAUUCAAUAAGAACAUGGCUGAUCUGAUUAUCCUCAACUCCAAUUUCCUGCCUUUUCUCUAUAACCUUUGGUUCCCUUACAGAUUAAAAAUCUAUCACAGACUUGAACAUACUUAAUGAUCUCCUGGAACACCAGACCUAUUAGGUGGUGAGUAGAUCAAGUAAUGGACAUGAAAUAUUGAUAUUAAGAAGUCCUCAUUCUUCUUAAAAGUUACACAAAGCUUGUUUGGCUGAGUUACCUGGAAUACUUAUUUCCCCUUUUGACCCACCUUUGCUUUUUAUUUGAACUUUAUAUCAUGUCUCCUAGUUUGGCUCAAUUGUGGAAGUAUAGUCCAACAUGAAGGUCUUUGGAAGUCUAUCUUAACACUUACAAUGCCACGGGAUGUCUCAGGUUAUCGGCCUUUUUUGACGCUUCCAGAAAUCAACAUUUGCUUUUGCCUAAUACAACACAGGCUCGAGAGAGCAUUUGAAAUGGUUUAUUGAAUGAGACUGAGAUCUUGUACCAUCAGGAUAAAGGUGCGGUACCUGAUAGAAUUUGCAUCUGUGCCCAGCCAGGAGGUGAGUAGGUGUUUGGCUGAUUAGACAUUAUUUCUUUUUGUCGAAUGGGAAAAGCAUGGACUUGUAUCUAGUGGAUAGAAGAAUUCAUCACAAUAAACCAAUUGGAGAGGAAUACUUGUGUCAAGGGGGAUUUCCAAUUGCUUAUCAUCAGUCAUAGUAGAUUGCUGAGAUCUUAUACUGGAUGACGUAGAAAUAAAGUGAAAUGGUCACAUCAAAGCAUAUAAAAUUGGGGGAGGGGUGCAGGCUACUGCAACUGUUGGUAAUCAGUCACUUUAUCAAAUUUAAAGAAGGCGUUAAAUAUAGGUUUUAGAAUGAAAGGGAUCAGGGAGAAAGCAGAAACAGGGGACUGAGUUGGAUCAUAUUGAAUGGAGGAGCAGGCUCAAAGGGCUCAAUGGCCUACUCCUAUUUUCUGUGUUUCUGUCAUACUUUGAGAGACGGAUGUAUCCUUUCAGCUCGGUACGUCCAAUGUAUUCCACUUUUAUUUCCAAUCCUGUCCAGAUCAACUUUGACCUUAACUUGUUUCAAGGAUGUUAGUCUCCCCAUCAUUUGAUAUGUGAAUGGUUGGCUGGCAGGAAGCUGAGGUGAGGGCUGCUUCUGACCAGGAUAUUCAACAGAAGCAAGGAAGGGAAGAUAAAAGAAUCUGUGAUUUGAAUCCCAAUGUGUCCCCUCCCACUGCCCCUGCAGCAUUGGAAUUUCCUUUUCUAUUGUGGUUGGAACCAUCUGAUGACCUGGAAUUUCUGCAGGAAGAUUAUUUCAUUUCCGCCCAUUAUGGAAUGUGAGACACAGAAACACCAGGUAAGCACAUUAAAGAAGACCCUUUCUUAAAAAAAAAAACAAAAUAUGUUGGAUUUUCAGUGCAUACUAGUAAGAUGUUCAAUAAUAAAUAAAAGCACUGUCCAAAAGGAUAUCUGAUAUGGAAGCAUUGAUGAAAGUGGAAUUGAUUGUAAGUACUGUAUUGGUGUACUUGAUCUCUUUUUUGACAUUAAUGGAAGUCUGCCCAUACUCCUGAGCAAAAAUAAAGCCACUGCA